AUGGCCGCCUCACCGAGCAUCAUGUCCGCCCCGCACCAGGGACCCGCCACCGCAUCCCUCCCCAAUCGCCCCGGAGAGCCAGAGUUUCAGUUGGGCCUCAACCAGACGUGCAUCCCAUUCCCGGGCGGCCGCUUCGGCGUGCCCCAGUACAUCGACCUGCAGAUCACCAACAACUCGGCCGAGCGCCAAACAUUCAAGGUGAAGUGCACGUCGGCUGAGCUGUUCCGCGUGCAGCCGCCGAUGGGGAUGGUGAAGAAGGGCGAGUCGUACCGUGUGCGGCUCUGGUUCCAGAACAAGACCCUGCAGGACCUGAAGGUCGCCCGCCACUACUUUGCCAUCUACCACAUGCGCUGCGACGCCUCGGUCACCGAUCAGAUGUCUCGCGAGCUGUGGAAGCGGGACGCGAAGUUCGAGGGUGUUCGCCGUCUGCCGGUCAUCUUCCACCAGCCGCAGGGCGUGCCGCCCGGUGUUGCUGGCGCUUCUCCCGCCGCCCCCGCCCCGCCGCCGCAA